GCAGCUCUUUCUUUCUUCAUCUCCCUUUCCUCUCUCUCUCUUGUCAAGAUGUCCCAAUCACAUCUGUUAACCUUGUUAGCACUUGUAGCUAUCAUAUCUGCACCAGUACAAGGAAACUUAGUGUGGGUGUAUACUACUAGCUCAGAAGUAUUAUUGCAGCCAUUCUCUGGAGAGUCUUUCACCAUUUACUGUUUCACUGAUAAUUCUAGUCAUGAUUCACUCUCCUUCAAACUCAACAAUCAAACACUCUCUACUAAUGAUGAAGUUACAAUAGAGACUGUACCUUUACCUUCACAUGCUGGCAAACAGCUUCAAUUGACAAUAAAUGCAUUCAGUAUGGCCACUGCAGGCAUUUUAACAUGUCAAGCACAUUCUGAUGGCAGUGUGAUCCAGGAAAUAGAUAAAAAUAUUACUGGACAAAAUUAUUCUCUCUCUAUUGUCGGAAGUGGUUCUAUUAUUGAAGGACGUGAUGCAGUGUUGUACUGUCAGUUCCACAGUCCUGGUAGGAAUGCCGAUGGCUACACCUGGAAAGGAAAGAGAAAUGAGAGCCAAGAAUUUGUUUUAUUAGACUGUAAUUCAAGUACACUUAAUGUUAUUAAUUCUUCGUUGAUAUUUGACGAAUAUUCUUGUGAAGUAUCCGUUACACCAACCGAUUUUAAACUAACAACCAAUAGAACAGUCACUACCUACUUUAUUCCUGAAUUGACUGCUAACAGUACAAUAUCCAGUACUGCAUUGAUUGGUGAUAACAUUACACUACAUUGCUCCUUCACUGGAACUGGCCUAAGCUAUACUUGGUCAAGACAAGAUGGUGUCCCUCUCCCUUCUCUUAAAACCCUCACCCUGUACAAUGUCACCUAUGCCAGUGCAGGGGUAUACCAGUGUGUGGCAAGUAAUCUGGCUGGGAAUGAGACACAAAUACAUAAUGUAACUAUAGAAGGUCCACCGCAAAGUUCAAUGACUUCUUCAGUAGCCAUUAGACUAAUAGAAAAUGAGACCAUUGGCCUAUUCUGUCGGUUCACCAGUGUCCCCUCGGCUACUGUACAGUGGUAUAAUGGAUCUCAGUUAUUAGCUGAUAAUAAUGAUAGGGUCAUCCUCUUUUAUGAUACGCUAAGGAUAACAUCAGCUAGCGUCAGUGAUUCUGGAGUGUACAAGUGUAGUGUCACUAAUGAACAUGGAGGGAUCACUUUAUCAUAUAAUGUCUCUGUAAUUGGGACUCCUCCUUCUCCAAAAAAUGUUGCCUUAAGCAAUGUUACUCCAUUCUCAGUCUCGUUGUCAUGGUUACACACACCUACAUCAAUACUCGUUAAACCUGAUUGGUUCGUUAUUAAAAUAAACGGAACUCAAGUGUUAAAUGUAUCUGGUGAACUUACCACAGCAACAGUCAAUGGAUUGAGCCCAGGAGGUUAUUAUUCUGUGGAAGUGUUUGCUGUUAACACUGCAGGUGUUAGCAAAGCAUCGGAACUAAUAACAUUCAGCACAAAUAAAACUGUUCCAUUGUUAGCAUAUUUCAAUGUCACUGCACUAGCAGGUGGUAGGUCUAUACUACUGAGGUGGUCGUUGCUCUAUAAUGGCGGCUCACCUAUCACCUCAUUCACUGUUACAAUCAAUGACCUGGUCACUUUAUCUCCUCAACUUGAUACUGGUUCUUUUAUAAUGGCUGAUCUUGAGCCACUGAGUGUUUAUGAUAUCACAUCUUCUAUCGCUAAUCUGAUUGGUCAGAGCUCCGAGUCUGUUACCAUAACAACCGCUAGGGGUCCUCCAAGCCAGCCAACUACACCCUCAGUAGCUGAUGUUGGUAUGACUGACGUUACGUUGCAGUUUUCGUUCCCCUCAAUUGGUUCUGAAAUUAUUAAUAAUUAUAUUGUUAAUGUGUCAAGCACUGAGUCCGAACUGGUUACCGUGAGGGUUCCCGUUACUAGGCAACCGUUGCCGGGGGAGAACAUCACCAUUUUGGUUACGUCGCUAAGUAAAGGACGAAGCUAUUCAUUUUCUAUUGCAGCAGAGACCCAGAUUGGAAGAGGAGAAUUCAGUAAUUACACAAGCACUGUGACUACUGGCACAGAUUCAAUGUUAUUGUAUUAUAUAAUUGUACCAAUUUCAAGUAUAUUUGUUUUGGUGUUGUUGCUGCUGAUUGUGUCGAUGGUUUGUUUGUGUGUUAUUAAAAGAAGACAACAUACUAAGCACACAAUCACAAGAUUCAGUCGGCGGAACAUGUACACUAGCCACAUGUUUCCUUCCUCAUCGGUCUGUGAUAAAGACUCUCAGCCAAUUGGUUCUGAAGCCGACUCUCCUCCUCAGUCUUCCCUAGGACUAAGAGAAGAACCGCUAGUCCUAACUCAUCACCGAACACAAUCAGUUUCAUCUAACGCCUCAAGUCACUUCACGUUACAAUCUCGUAAAGCCCCAGGGGGAGGGAACGACCCACCUAACAACAUGCUCCUUUCCCCUUUCUCUCCUCCUCAUGAAACUGCUGAUAGCGCUUAUGGUGGCUCAGCUGAGAAAGUGAAUCACACUUACGCUGAGAUCGGAGGAGGAGGGAAUAGUGUUACUUCUGAGAAGCCAUUCUUUAAUUCUCCACCGAACAUCAAUAGACCAUUCUUCUCUUCUGCUCCAAUGAUCAAUAAGAAGGUUUUCGAUGCCGAUAUUUUUCCCAGCAUUCAUAAUUAUGCAACUGAUGUGUAAUCACUUCUUGGUUUAAUCAGACUUUAUCAUUAAUCAGACUCUAUCAUUCUCUCUUUCUCUCCCCCCUCUCUCUCCCUCUCUCUACUUAUCAACAAUCAUUAGUCACUCUCGAUCUAUUUAUUUGUCCGUUUUGUAUUUUAGUCUCAUUUAUAUUCAUUCAUGUUCAUUUAAUUUUUGUAAA